AUGCCUGUCACGCUUCCAAUCGAGCUCCAGCACCGCAUUCUCGAGACCGCCCUGCCCCCGCUCGUCCACUGCGACCUCGACGAGCGAGUCCAACUCUGCAAGACCUUCUCCCUCGUCCACCGCACCUGGACGCCGAUUGCACAGCGCGAGCUGCACGAGCACUUUUCGACGAUUCUCCUGGGAGGCGCGUGGCGCUUCUCGGGGGAAUAUGGGAGACUCGUUGCUGCGCAGGUCGGCGGAUUGCCCGUCAAGCGCCUCAAACUCAAGGUGAUUGGCUAUGCCGAAGACGUCCAAGACACGGAUCUCGCCGACAAGCAGCCUCUCCAUCCUUUUCCUCCCGUCGAAGGAGCACCGACGUUCGAGGAGCUGUGGGUUGAGCUGGAAGGAAGGGGCACGCCAGUUUGGCGCGGAGGAAAUGUCCAAAGACUCCAUAUUUACGACCUUGGACCCGAGAGGCCGACGUACCUCGACAGCCUCCCUUCGAACCUCACGUACCUCGCCUUGUCCGGCGUCACGAUCGACGCGGUACCGUCUACACCGCACAUCCGCGUCUUCCUCUAUGCGCGGACCCUCUGCUUGAUCCCGGCCGCGGAGCUUCUUGGCGCCUUCCCGGACCUUCAAGCGUUCGCCUGCGUCGGGACAUGGCUUCAAGUCAAGUCGUUCCUCAAAGCGCUCCCGUCGACUCUUCACGACCUUGCCAUCGCGCUUUUCAGCAUCGAAGACGUCGCCCACGACGCCCCGGCCAUCUACAAAGCGAACGUCGCCCUGCCACCCGCCCUCGAGUCGUGCAUUUUCGUCGAGUCGGUGUCGGCGAAUCGGAAGGAGAAACGUGCCGUCGAACGGAUGAUGACCAAGGCGUGUGAAGCUGUGGGAGCGGCUUUCGGGUACAGCUGGGUGGAGGAGGUGGGCGACGUGGACUUUGAGGACUGGGCGCUCUCGGUCGGGGUUUGA